AUGCAUCUCAUCACUCUCCUCCCUUUCGCGCUCUCCGCCCUGGGCCUUGCCACCGCGGCUGCCCUCGAGAAGCCCGCCAACUGGACAGCAACUGGCUGGAACAUCGAAUGCUCACCCGGUGGCUGUGUCUACGAGUUCAACAUCGCCGGAGCCAAGACCGAGAACACUCCUGCUUUCAGCACCCAUUGCGAGGGAAUUGCGCCCAAUGCCACCGUUUGCGACCUGAAGAACAUUACCGCCCGGGUCAGGCCCGUCGCCAACCCCAUCUGGAACGUUGCUGUCCAGCACACCUGGUCGAUUCCCGAGCCCCAAUACAACUCCCGAUCGGACUACUGGCAGUCUGGCAACGUCAAUGUCACUGAGACCGCCAACUCGUUCACGAUCGUGCCCAAGUCUCUCUACGGUGUCGCCUAA